GGUAACUCGUUUCAAAGCCGAACUGACAUUUGUAAGAUGGCUUGGAUGGCGAGCGAUCUGACAUUGAUUGGCAUUGCCGCCUGAUAGCGAUAAGCAGGAAAUCAUAUAUAAACGUGUUACAGUCACUCGGGUGUCAACUUUUCAACUUUAAAUUUUGUAAUACAUUGAACACAACCUAUACUAGUUGUCCCCCCAUCUGGAUAUGUUAAAAAGAUUUAUUGCUUGUUAUAAAAUAUAGAAAGUCAAUUCACCAUGGCUACGUCUACGACCAGAGGUAUUCGAAUUGCUAUUGACAGAGGCGGAACUUUCUGUGAUUUCUGGACGAGUAUCCCAAAUCGGAAAGAAGAUGUCAUUUUCAAGUUGCUAUCGAGAAACCCAGGCGAAUACGACGAUGCCCCUAUUGAAGGUAUCCGGCAGAUUCUCGAGAUGGCCACAGGAGAGACCAUUCCCCGAGGCACACCAUUAGAUAUCACACCCGUGGAAUCAAUUCGUAUGGGUACCACAGUUGCUACAAAUGCCCUUUUAGAGCGAAAAGGAGAGCGAGUCGCACUCGUCAUCACAAAAGGCUUCAAAGACCUGCUCGUUAUUGGAAACCAAGCACGGCCUAGUAUAUUCGAUUUAUCAGUCUCCAAACUUGAUCGUCUGUAUGAAAAAGUCAUUGAAGUUGAUGAAAGAGUUACGAUAGAAGGAUUCGCUGAAGAUCCCGAUCCUCAGCCGAUUGAUAUUAAAUCGGACCCCGCUUUAGUUGAAGGUCUCACUGGAGAGGCUAUCAGAGUACUGAAAGAACCUAAUUUAGAUCAAAUACGUGGAGAUCUGCAGUCUCUCUGGGAUGAAGGAUACCGCACGCUAGCGGUUGCAUUCAUGCACUCAUUUGCUUUCCCCAAACAUGAAGCUGCCGUUGCAGCCAUCGCUCGUGAGAUUGGUUUCAAGACAUCCGUCUCAUCCGAGUUGCAACCUAUGAUCCGACUAGUCCCCCGCGCGCAAUCGGCUACUGCAGAUGCUUAUUUGUCUCCCGUCAUUACCCAAUAUAUUGAUGGGUUCCGUGCUGGUUUCAAAGGCCGCCUUGAGGACCAUAAUGCAAAGAAAUUACUUCUUUGCCAGUCAGACGGUGGACUUACGUCGGUCUCGAGAUUUACUGGUCUUCGGGCAAUUCUGUCGGGUCCUGCUGCCGGUGUUAUUGGCUGCGCAAAAACAUGCUAUGAUGAGGAUGAGGGCACACCCGUGCUAGGUUUUGAUAUGGGGGGAACGAGCACAGAUGUCUCCCGUUAUAGCGGUGCAUUUGAGCAUGUGUUUGAAACAACAGUGUCUCAAGUCUCCGUCCAAAGUCCCCAGUUGGACGUUCAUACCGUUGCUGCUGGUGGAGGAUCCAUGCUCUUCUGGAGAAAUGGUCUAUUCGCUGCUGGCCCAGAAUCAGCAGGGGCGUUCCCUGGUCCCGCGUGCUAUGGUAAAGGGGGACCUCUCACCAUCACGGAUGCCAAUUUCUUUCUGGGACGUAUUCUACCAGACUACUUUGCUCGUCCCCUCGAGUUUGAUAUAGUCAAGAAGAAAUUCCUAGAAUUAACCGAAGUAGUCAAUGCCGAGAAGAAGGGAUCCGAGAAACUGACUCCGGAAGAGGUUGCCAUGGGAUUCCUCCUUGUAGCCAACGCAUCCAUGACCCGUCCAAUUCGGGCCCUCAGUGAGGGUCGAGGCUUCGAGACUGCAUCACAUAAUUUGGCUUGUUUUGGUGGCGCAGGUGGACAGCAUGCUACUGCGAUGGCGCGCGAUCUCGGCAUCAAGCGUGUUUUGAUUCAUCGUUUCUCUAGUAUUCUGUCUGCCUAUGGGAUGGCGUUGGCGGAUGUUGUUGUCGAACUCCAGGAACCCGAAUCCGAAUCAUGGAAUAAGGAAUCGACCCUUCGCAUAGCAAAACGAACUGAGUCUCUAAAACAACGGGCCACAGAGCAAUUAAUCAAUGAAGGUUUUACAACAGAACGAAUCCAUCACGAAGUCUUCCUCAACAUGCGCUACCGCGGCAGCGAUACAUCGCUCAUGAUUUCCGAGAUCGAUGCUUCGAACUUUGGUGACGGGUUCAUUGCCAAACAUAAACAGGAAUUUGGUUUCACACAACCACGCGAUAUUUUGGUGGACGAUGUCCGGGUUCGUUCAGUUGGCAAAGCGAUGGAAUUAGCAACUAGCAGUCCCUUCAAGCAACUAAAAGAGAUUGAUCGUACGCAUUCAAACUCGGGAUUGAAGCCCGCACUUAUUCGAAAAGUGUAUUUCGAAAAGGAAGGCUGGGUUGAUUCACGCAUCUUCCAUCUCAAAGAUGUUCCCAAGGGUAGCGUUAUUCUUGGCCCGGCCAUGAUUAUUGAUGCAACCCAAACUAUCGUUGUCGAUCCUGCUAGUGAAGCCACUGUUUUGGAUGAACAUAUUGUCAUUGAAUUACUCGAUGCGGAAACGAAGAAGGUCUCUGCGGAUGAAGUCGAUCCUAUCCAGUUGUCUGUCUUCAGUCAUCGCUUCAUGAGUGUUGCAGAGCAGAUGGGUGAAACCCUUCGCAAGACAUCUAUUUCGACAAAUAUCAAGGAACGGCUUGACUACAGCUGUGCUAUCUUCUCAUCCGAUGGUCGACUUGUCGCUAACGCACCCCAUAUUCCCGCCCACUUAGGGUCAAUGUCUUAUGCAAUUGCAUACCAAGCCAAACGAUAUGCGAAGGGUGAACUGAAGCCUGGUGAUGUUAUCUUGUCCAACCAUCCUAUCGCGGGAGGUACUCAUUUGCCCGAUUUGACCGUAACGACGCCAGUCUUCGAUGAGAACGACCCUACUAAAAUUAUGUUCUUUGUUGCCAACCGUGGCCAUCACGCUGAUAUUGGUGGUAUUGCUGCUGGUAGCAUGCCGCCUAAUUCGACUGAGCUGUGGCAAGAAGGUGCCGCGAUUGAGUCAUUCAAAUUGGUCAAGGAGGGCGUUUUUGACGAGGAAGGUGUCGUUCAUCACUUAUACGAGGUUCCAGCGAGGUAUCCCGGCUGCAGUGGAACGCGCACAUUGAGUGAUAACAUCUCAGAUCUCAAAGCUGGUAUCGCAUCCAAUAACAGAGGUAUCCAUCUAAUCCAAGGACUUGUCAGGGAGUACGGUUGGUCUGUUGUUGAACUCUACAUGCAUGCCGUGCAACAUAAUGCAGAGGAAACGGUGCGCGCCCUAUUGAAAGAAUUCAGUCGUCGUUUCCAAGGACAGCCUCUUGAGGCUGUCGAUUACAUGGACGACGGAACACCGCUUGCGCUGAAGAUCACCAUCAACCCCGAAAACGGGUCUGCAAAAUUCGAUUUUAACGGAACUGGCCCAGAAGCACUUAACAACUUGAACAGCCCACCGGCUGUUAUGUACAGCGGCAUCAUGUAUUGUCUCCGAUCGAUGAUCUCAUCUGACAUUCCGCUCAACCAAGGCUGCUUGAACCCUAUUCAAGUCGAAUGCCCACCUAACUCGAUUUUGUCUCCAAGUGUCAAGGCAGCAACGGUCGGUUCCAACGUCGAAACGGCGCAGCGCGUUAUCGAUGUAAUCCUCAAAGCCUUCCGGGUAUCCGCAGCCAGCCAGGGAACCUGCAAUAACCUCACAUUCGGCUAUGGCGGUAAGGAUAUCGAGACUGGUGCAAUCACAAAGGGAUUUGGUUAUUAUGAAACUAUUGCAGGCGGUGCUGGUGCGGGUGCUAACUGGGAGGGUCAGUCCGGUGUACAUACUGGUAGCACUAAUACUCGCAUGACAGACCCCGAGACAUUAGAGAAACGUUAUCCAGUCCUACUACGUGAGUUUUCAAUUCGGAAGGGAAGCGGUGGUGCCGGUAGAAGCCAUGGUGGCGAUGGAUGUAUCCGCGAUAUUGAAGUACGUCGUCCACUUCAGGUCAGUAUACUUUCUGAGCGACGAGUUGUUCCUCCAUACGGUAUGGCUGGCGGAGAGGAUGGCAAGCGGGGUGUCAAUUUGUGGAUUCGUAAAGAUCCGAUUGAUAACACCGAGCGAGCUAUCUCAGUUGGAGGUAAAGCCUCCAUGGCGAUGAACACGGGUGAUAGAAUUAUCGUGCAAACUCCGGGUGGUGGCGGUUAUGGUGUGCCUGAGGAAAGGAAACAGCAGGUGGAGCUGUUGAGCGAAUUCACUGUCAAGAAAAUGACUUUUCAAUAAUUUAUUGACUGACGAUACUCUAGAAUCAUGUAUAUAAGAACUCCUUUUUCCAUACUUCAGACACGUGAAUCUGUUAGCUUCUGUUUUCCGAUCCUAGUAACGCUACUAGAAUCUAGUCACUCAUAAAACAACGGUCUAAACCCACGGCUUC